AUGAGGACCACUUCAGUACCAACGCUCUUAUCGGAGGAGGGAUCACCGUUCGGCAGGCCAAGCGGUGCUAGCCCUGCGCUGUCCCCGUGCACUCCCUUUGGUAAUACACCAGUAAUUCAACCUACCGCCGAGGCGGAGCUUCUGGCUCACAUUACUUCACUUCGAAAGGAUAUGGCAAAGCUCCAAGAACAUAACAACCUCCUCUCGUCCAAAGUAGAUGAAAACCAGCGGCUGCUCAAUCAGCAGGAAACGCAGAAUAUCCAAGCUACGGAAUCUUCCCAGAGUCUGCAGACUCCCAGUCGGUAG